UCGGGCGUUUGACCAGGUUCAUUCCACUUGCGACAGUGCGUUGAGACGAGCAGUAUUAUUGCGACCGAGUGCGACGUCGCACGCCGCGCACCCGAUCCGUGUCGGCGGAUGACACUCGCGUCGUCUACAUUGGUCCUCUCAGCCCGCAUCACUCGAAUUCAAUCGCGUCGAGUCGCGCGACAAGCAUGCCGUUCAGACCGGCGAGAUAAAGUAUCCGCACAAUUUCUCAGUCGUUCGGCCGCCGCGAGGCUUUUGUCAGGAUUAUGACAGACAGGCUGCCGCCGCUGUCCACGCCGAUCGCGCUUCCGAGCCAGCCUGCGUUCUCUCUUUCGAGCGCCGUCCCAGAUCGAGAUGUUGCUCGAAAGCAGGAAACUGUAGACGAAGAGCCAUACACCAUCAAGUGUAUCUGCAACUUCGCUGACGAUGACGGAAACACGAUAUUCUGCGAGACAUGCGAGACAUGGCAGCAUAUCGAGUGCUACUACCCAGACUCGGUCGAAGAUGCCCUCCGAGCCGACUUCGCACACUCCUGCGUUGAGUGCCAACCGAGGUCCUUGGACCGUCAACAGGCGAUCGAGCGUCAGAGGGCGAGGGCCAUUGUGCCCAUUGUGGAAGAGGCAGCCGACAAGAAACCAAGGCGUCCGCCGUCAAAAAGCCACAAGAAGAAGGCUAAGCCAUCGGAGCUUCACAUUAACGGCAUUCACCAUGGCGCCUCCGAGAGCACGAAGCAUGUCAAUCCCCACGACAAUCUCCUCCAUCCCGCAAAGAAAACCAAAACGUCACACAAAUCCAAUCAAUCAGUCAGCUCACAAGCACCGAAGCGCAGUCCUUCCCACGGGACCGCAAAGCCUCAGGUUCAGCCUCUGAGUCCCGCGACCACACCGCCCGAUCUUCCAGACGACUUCGAACUGCACAACUAUUCGUCGGCCUUCUUGUCACGUUACAAUGACCGGACUUUCAAGAUCGUCAACACGAAUAGCUUUGCUGGAUUGCAGGUUUCGAAUACCAUGUCGGCUUGGCUGCGCGACCCAGAAAAGAUGCAGAAAGAAACAGGCUUGUCAUACAGCGACGUUUUUCAGAAACUCCCUGCCCAUAUCGAAUCAAUACGGGUUAAGCCAGAGGUUGAACAAACCCAGGAGGUCAUCCCGCCGGAUACUGUUGUUCAGUGGCAGUGUCUCACGGCGCCAUCAGCAAUUGAUAAGGACGUUCCGCUCAUGGAAGUCAACGGCCAAAUCGGUUUCCAAGCCCUGUAUUGUGCCGAACCCGAGAAUCGCUGGGCUGAGCUCACCGCGCCGCUUCCGUUUGUCCUUUUCCACCCACUGCUUCCACUCUACAUUGACACGAGGAGAGAAGGCUCCGAGGCUCGAUUCGUCCGAAGAAGCUGCAGGCCAAACGCUGUCCUCGAAACAUACCUUUCAUCAGGCAGCGAAUACCAUUUCUGGUUGGUGAGCGAUCGACAAAUUGCGGCGAGAGAGCAGAUUACAAUACCGUGGGAUUUCCGGUUUCCGACUACCGAAAAGGCGCGCGCUCUCCGGAUGCUUGGUCUUAGCGACGACACUUCGGAUGAUACGAGUGUUGAUGAGAACGACUACCAAAAAUAUGCCGGCUGGGUCCAUCUCAUUCUUUCGGAACAUGGGGGCUGUGCAUGUAACCUCGGCCCGGAGUGCGCAUUUGCACGGUUCCGCCGGAACUAUCUAGCGAAGACGCAGCAGCGCGCCCACCCACCCAAGUCCAGAAAGAGGAAGACUAAAACACAGCAUGCCAUCUCACCCACAAGCACCGGACAUGCAACGAACAGCCGGGCUCCUAGCGAGGGUCAUUUGGAAGACGAGCAGCACCGGAGAUCUCUAUCUAGCUCUUCGCGGAGCAAGCCACCUAGUCGGGACAUGACUCCCACAGCACGUCAAGGCUCAUUUGAUACCCUCGGCAUACUCACCGAGCCCACGGACCGGGACAAAAGAAAAGUCGCCAUGGUUGAAGACACAUUCCGCCGCCUGGAGCAGCAGCAACAGCAGCCGCAACGCAAACGGAAACGAGUGUCUGAUGGCACGGGAACCUCCCAGGCGAAAGCGUCAAAGACUGGCUCCGCAACCCAGACUCCAACCCUCCCGAGCGGUUUUCACGAGCGUGAGUACAUGGACGUUGGAACCGGUCCGUCGAUGAGUAGUCCCGGGUCACCCAGCGAUGUGGGCGCUGCCUACACCAGGCCUACCCGGAAGAACCCCGGUUCCAGGAAUACAUCGGUGUCAGCCCGUUCUCGACCUGUCUCAGUUGCGCCGCAUCGAAAUUACCGCGAUGCUGCCGUGCAAACGGACCUUCCUCAAGCCGACGCAAAGACUCCGGUGCGGAGAGUAGGUUCUUGCCUACGGAAGCGGCUUCUGGAGAACUGGCACCAAGCGCGCCUCGAAGAGGAAGAGAGGGCGAAACGCCGUGUGGUAGAAGGGCCACCCUCCAUUGGAGCAGAUGCAGAUAACCCCGUCGGCCACGGUACGCCGUUAGCGGCAUCUUCUCCGACGAAAGAAGCUGAGAAAAGCUUGACUGCCAAGGUAGUGGGCCUCCAAGACUAUCCAAUAUCAGAUGCGCGGCCAGUGUCGCCGAAAAACACCAGCAUCAACGAAAGCAUUAACGAAACCUCGACGACAAGUUCCGCCAAACCCAAAUCACCCGACCUACGAGUACAGUUGCCUCCCGUCCCGGCCUUCGAAAGCCCCACGUCCGCUCAUUCAUCAAUAUCCACCCCUGUGUCCGCGGGAACGGCAACGGUCCAGUCGCCGUUCUCGAUGUCCGGGUUUCCAAGUCCAUUCGCGCCGCCAUCAGUCAACGGCGUGGCCGCAACGCCGAGUCCGGUCAAGAAAAAGCUCAGCCUCAGCGACUACAAGAGCAGAAUGAACAAAGCUGCGGUUGCCCGGCCACCGCUAGCCACUACACUGCUUAGGCCUUCAAGUUCGGAGGACCCCAAGUCGGCCACGAGUACAGAGGGCGGCGGCGCCGUGAGCUCUCCAACAGCGGAACGGAAUAAUGAAACCGGAACGAAAUCUGCUACACAUACGUGAUGCGGGUUAUUGAGGAAACCGAGCAAGGAAAAAGACCUUCGCAACGGCGGGUUAAGCACUGUAUUAGUACAUAGACAGCGAGAAAAGUCCGGUCGAGUGCAAAGACCACACGACACGGCGACGGCUUGGUUUGGCUUGGGCAUUCUCAUCUUUACUGGCUGCGGUAUAGAGCCCGCAUAGGGGAGGUUUCUCCGUCUUUCACCUUUCUCUUAUCAAGGGGCGGCUAUAUCUUUAAUUCCAAUUGGGACGGACGGCGUUUCGAUGGGUCGGAUGGAAACUAGGGUCGGUUUUCCCGGGACCGGAAAUGGUGGGGAAACGCGGUCUCUUCCGGGUAUGGCAA